CAGUAUUUGCAGGAUGUGGGACACACUGACUUUGAAAUCUGUCCAACUUCAUCAUGGGCGGAAGAAUGCUCAUCAAACGAGGAGCCAAAUGAACUGGAUAUCCCUGCCACGCCAACAGUUUACAGAUAUCUCCAGGCAAUUUUAUAAAUCAAAUCGAAGCAACUGAGAGAAUAAUGGAAUAGAGUUAAAGAAAAUUACAAUACUCAGCAUCUCGUUUGCAAGCCCAGAAACAGGGGCCACUUGAUAUAAUGAUGAGGAAAAGGUUAUUGCAUAGACUUAAACAAGAUAUGAUGCAUUAAAAGAAAGCGUUUUACAGAAGUGUGUUAAUGUUCUUCACAAAUGGAAUCCAUUCACUGGAACGAAAAUAAUUGAUUUAGAAUCAUUGUAUGUAAUUUACAAAAAUAGUCGCCCAUUAUUUCCUCGCCUCUUAACAAGGAUAUUGGAUUUCGACUGUGCACUCUGUGCACCAUCCUGAAACAGGAAGUGCUUCUGCAGGAGGAUGUGGAGCUGAUUGACCUACUUGACCCCAGUAUCCUGCAAUCAACACAAGCCCAACAACACGAAAAUGGCUAUCUCCCAUCCAAGUGGUUAUGGCGAACUCCUAAUAUUUGAAAUAUUUGAGGAAACUUCCAGAGUACUAAAUUUGUGUCUCUUCUUGCGUAUUAGGGAUAUUUCAGCAUUGGCUAUCCUUGCUAGUGCCUUAGUUGUGACCUCAAACCACUGUGAUACUUUCCCUUGGGGCCUUGUAGGAAUGGGUCUGUGUGGCCUCAGUCUUUAUAUGGUUUUCAGAAGCUUCAGCUUAUGGAGAACAGCCAAGCUCCAGCGAUCCAUGAGAAAAUGCAACAGCAGUCUGGAAGAUAUAGUGAUGAAUAGCCACACUUUCACCAAUCUUGUCAGAAAAUCAAUUCGACAAAUUCAAGAGACAGAAGUCAUUUCAAGAGGAUUCAUGUUAGUGACUGCUGCAUGUCCUGCCAGUAAGCUGGGGAACUCCAGGCAACAGCAAGGUCAGCAGCUAAUUGGCCUUCGGAGGGCAGUGUACAGAUCAGUGAGAUCCGCCUAUCGAGCUUCUCGAGUGGCUACCUGCCAGAUGCUGAAGUCCUAUCCUCUGAACUCUGAAAUUGAUAACGUGACUAAUUACCUCUCUGCAAUCCCAAUAAAUGAGCUUGGCAUGGGACUCGACAAAGACCUUGUGUCUGAGGAGGAGGCCCAGGAGCUGACAGAUUGUUACAGUCUCAAGGACUUAAAGGUACUGUUUCAGCUUUGGGUAGGUCAAAGCUCAGAGUUCUUCAGGCGCCUGGCUUUGUUAUUAUCUCCAGUCCAGGCUGCAUCCAAAUCCCAUAUUACUGCAGAGCACUUGGCACACCAUGUCGUUGCAGAAGUAACCCAGAAUGUACCUCAUGUCCUUACAAGUUGCCUUGAAGAGUUGAAACACAGCUAUGACUUCCACAGAUAUUGGCAGGUACAGCACCUAUCUAAUUUAGAACCAUCAAAUAAGACCAAACAACAAUCAAGGGAGCUGACGAAUGUAUACACCGUGAUGCGUAGCCUGCAGCUCCACCUUAAAGCGCUACUAAAUGAGGUUAUUUCUUUAGAGGAUUGUCUGGAAAAGUUCCAUGAAUCCCAGGAACAGGAUAAACUAACACAGGAAGUGUACCGUGAUCUGCAUCAGAAAUUUAAACUGAUUCAACCACAUAUGGAAGCAAGCAUAAAUUGCUGGGAUGAGACAAGUAAUCUGGUGGAUAAACUAGUACACAAGUCUUUGGGCAGUAAAGGCAGACCUACGGCACAGGACAAAAAUUUGCCUCCAACCUGGAAACCGUCAGCAAAGUCUGUUGUACAGAUCAAAGAUCAGGAUCCAGUCCCUGAAGAACAGGAACUUGAGGCUUACGUAGAAGAAUCUGAUUCAGAUGGAGAUUUCAGAGGGGGCUUGUUGAAAUACUUGUCACAAGAGGAACAGGAGAAGGAGAGGCAAGAGAGGGAGGAAUCCAGGAGAAUGCUUCAGGAGCUGAAAAGUGUGUUGGGGUUCAAGGCCUCCGAACUGGAGAGGCAAAAGUGGAAACAGCUACUCUUCAACGAUUAUGCUGCGCUGAAAACAGUUUCAUCUGCAGACAUUAUGCAGCUGGAGGGAGUCCCACUGGAAUGUCAGGAGGCAGAUGCAAAUGUACAAGACCAUAAAGUUCGUGGUGACAGCUCCCAAGGGGUAGAUGCCAAUCAACUAGACUGCUUGAUGAAUAACCAAGAAUGUUGCAGAGGAAGAGGUCCAGACUGCAUUGAUGUACAUCUGGAUGGUAGCAAAGAUGCUGAUCCAAGUGACACUAUUAGCACGAGUGUUGUAAGUGGAUGCUUGGUUUGCUGCUCAGAGACUGCAGACAGUUCCAUACAAAAGCAAGAAAAUUCACAGACAGCUGCAUCUGAGCAGCUGCAGACAGCUGUUCAACAGGGACUUGCUGAAAGACAUGGCCCAGUUGUCCUCCAAUUUGCCUCAGCUCUUGCUGCACAGGUUGCUGCUCGCUCUCACAGCUUUGCUCAUUUAUCAGAACAGACGUUUGAGGAUGAUGAUGAGGAGGAGGAGGAGGAAGAUGAGAAUAUAGAUGUUGAAUGUGUAAAUUCUGGACCUCCAUAAAUGCAGAGUGAUUGGAGCAUGCUAAGCUUUAUUUAAUACUUAAAAGCAGGUCAGAACUGUGAUGCAGAAAGUAUUCUGUGUAACAUGGUAGUGAAUAAUUUUGUUCAGUAAAGUGCAUAUUUUGUACCUUGCUGUAUGAAUUUUCACUGUAAACAAAAGGAUAUAAUGAGAAUUCUCUGUGGUGAAUGAAACACAUGGAUACUGCGGAAUGUUGGAACAACCUAUUCUGUAGCAACUUACAUUGUUUCCUCUGACUACAUUACUGUGUUCCUACCUUGCGUGAAGAAUUGAUUUGAUAGAUUCUAAGGAAACAAGUUAGAAACCCUUUCAACCUAUGCAUGAACUUCUUAAGGGAAGACGCAAUACUCUGUGUAAUUCCAGUAGUACCGAAUGCACCUUACCUCGAUGCACCUGGUCUCUGAUAAUGUACCAAGUGAAAACAUUGUAGUGUAAAAACAGCUGAGUAGCUGAGGUGCGCACAAAUCCAAAGAUAAUGAAUUCACCUCCCGCUGCUGUUUGAGAGUUUGAAUUUCAUUUUUAACAGUUAUAAACAUGCAUUAAAAUUAGAUUGCAGUUAAAGUGAUGAUGAAGCUA